AAACAAACUGUCGCGUGCAUUCGUUCAGCGGCCGCGUAUCCGAACGCAGUGCGCGGGAAAAAAUUAAGUAUUCGAAUUUACCGUCGCAUUAAAAAGUUUUGCCGUGUUUUGGUUGGUUGGUGUUGUGAUUUUUUAAAUUGUUUUCGAUUACAAAAAUGACCAUCUACAGCAAGAUUGUCCAAAUUAUUUUGAUUUGUGUGUGAAUUGGAUUGGAUUAUUGGAUAUAUACCUACUCAUUUACACGAAAGAAUCAUGGCAGAAUCGAUGGAGACCGGAACGUCGCUAGCAUGGCGGUUGCUCGCUACGCUAGAAGGUGGCUCGCUAGUGCUAGUCGCGUCAGCGCUGCUAGCGUAUAGCGCCCGGCAGAGGGCGCGUGAGCGGCGCCCGGUUCACACAGUUCUAAUAUCAAACGCAACAAGCGCGUUAGGAAAAGAAAUAAAAACGCGGCUAGAAUCGCGUGGGUGCAUUGUUAGCGUGCCAAGUGACACGAGCGGAGCGGAGGCGGAGGCGGGAAAAGUCGACGCACUAGUGGUGGUAGGACAAGACGCCAAUGUUGAAAGUUUGGACGGCCUGGCGGAUCUCGUAACGAGAGAUGUUUAUGAUAAUUUAAAGGUAUUAGAAUCGUUAUCACGGCGUGUGCACCGCGGCGGCUGCGUGGCGUGGGCGUGCGCAGGAGCAAGUGGUGUGAGCGGCGCCGGCGAUGCCUUCGACACCGUGCUGAGAGCCAGCCUGCAACAUGUCGCUAAUAGGCACAACUGCUGUCCGAUAUGGGUGGGGCGACACCCAACAUCAUUGGCAGCGGAGCGCGUGGUCGCUGCGCUCGUUCCUUGUACCACAUCCGCUUUCUCCGUGAGAAAUGCAGCUCACAAAAUCGGCGAGUACCUUGGCAGAUGGCUCAAGAACAUAGCUUAAUCAUUUACCUCAAUCGGCUCAAUCAAAUUCAAAAUACUAGCUUAUAUUUUAGGGCUUUCCUAGAAAGUAGAAAGUCACCUAUAGCACAGAAUAAAUAAUAGUACUAGGUACAGAAGGCUGUGGUGACUGAGGGCCUACCGCGAAACACGUACGACGUGUUGCCUCUCAGUCGCACUUGUAAAUUCGUACGUAAGUGUGACAGGGAAGCAACACAUCGAACGUGGUUCGCGGUAGGCCCUCUGUACAGCCGUACAGUAAGUUGCAGAGAUAACUAUCCUCCCCCCUGCAUUGAAAUUUGUUUGUAGGAGGGUCAGUUAUCUGGGUACAUGGACACCCAGUGCAAUAAUGUGAGUGCAACUAGUGCAAAUGACCACACUUCAGAGAGCUAUCAUAAGUAAUUUAAUAUUUUGACGCAUUCAAUGCCAGUGCGCGCUACGACCGUUACCGAUUACGUGGUUUUUCCGCUUAGACCGCUUAGUUCAUAGUGAAAAGCGCCAACAAAAAAAACCCGCUUAGCGGGUCGAUGGAAGUGCUUGUGUUAAAACACGUGCAUGAACUACCUAAUAUAACCAGUGCAUAAAGUACUACCUAUUAAAAAUCAAUGGAGCUCAGUUUAAACUAGGGUGGUCCUCCACCUAUCCAAUUUCUCCAUUUUGCCUUAAUGAGAGAGCGAGAUGCACUGACAUUGGACAGGUGGAGUACCCUUUUAUACCUGAAAAAAGAAUUAUAAUUAAUAUAGGUUUCUGUGUUGUAAAUACUAAAUCGUUUUAGUUAGUAGGUAGGUAUUAUUUUUCAUGUUUUCAAUAAAAUUAUGAAGUACA